AUGGGUGAUGGCGACUACAGCGACAACACACGAAUGUUCGAACCUGAAUGUUUCGUGUCAGUCCACAGAGUCGGGCUUAUGAAGAAAAAUGGCUACCCUGUGGAGAUGUACAAGGUGACCACCGACGACGGCUACAUCCUAGAAGUGGACAGGAUGCCACGAGGUCGAUCAGACGGUGGCACCAGUGGGAGCUCGCGGCCGCCCGUGCUCAUGGUCCACGGCAUUGUGUCCUCUGCAGCAGAUUGGGUUAUAAACAAGCCUGACCUUAGCGCAGGUUUCUUGAUGGCUGACAGGGGUUACGACGUCUGGCUCAUCAAUACCAGAGGUGUGCCUUACUCCAACUACCACGUGACGCUAUCUACGAACGACCCUCGAUUUUGGGACUGGAGUUUUGAAGACAUCGGCUAUUACGACGUUGCAGCCACAGUUGACUUCGUCCUGAAUAAUACCGGCCGGUCGAACCUCAGCAUCCUUGCCUGGUCGCAAGGCUUCACCGAGGUCCUCGUGCUUCUUUCCCUACGGCCCGAGUACAACAACAAGGUCAGUGUUGUUGCCGGUUACGCCCCAGUCGCCAACAUCACGCACAUCAAAACGCCGGUGACUGUACUCGCACCGGCAGCAGAGCUAAUUAAGGCUGGCAUCGAUGUCUUUACAAUGGGAGCGCUGCUAACAUCGAGCAUGCUUACCCAAACUUUCAUCGGCGUGUUCUGCAACACCCCUUUGCGCGGAGCUUGCUUCCUGCCCAUCCAAGUUGUCGUGGGCGCAAGCAGUGAACAGUUGAACAGGACAAGAAUUCCCGUCUACAUUGCACAUCAACCAGCCGGCACCUCGACAAAAAAUAUUGUUCACUACGCUAAGAAUUACAGAGCCAGGAACUUCAAGCGCUACGACUACGGGCUUCUGGAAAACCAGAAGCGCUAUGGCCAGGUCACGCCUCCACAGUUCCCACUGGAAAAGGUUCGCUCUCGGAUAGGCCUUUUUCGAGGGCCGUCCGAUAGGCUGGCCGAUCCAACGGACAUAGACGACCUGGUGAAGCAGAUAGGCAAAGUGGUGGCCCUCAACUACGACGUUCCGCAGCAGACCUUCCAGCACUUGGAUUUUGUUCUGGGCUCCUACGCCACGGAGAUCUUGCACGAGCCAAUGAUACAGUUCGUGUCCAACUACUCUGGCCCCUGA